AUGGCUUCUCCACCGCAACCUCCGCCCGACCCCAACCGCUACGCGACAGAGGACUUUUUCAUCAACUCGAAACGGACGUGGUCCGCCGAGAAAGACAAGGUGCUCACGGGGCCGUUUGACUACCUCAAUGGACACCCAGGCAAGGACUUUCGGUCGGCGCUAGUCAAGGCGUUUGACGCCUGGCUCGAAGUGCCUUCGGAGAGCCUCGAGGUGAUUACCAAGGUGGUCAGCAUGCUCCACACGGCCUCGCUUUUGGUGGACGACGUCGAGGACAGCAGCCAGCUGCGCCGGGGCCUGCCCGUGGCCCACUCGAUAUUCGGCAUCCCCCAAACCAUCAACAGCUCCAACUACAUCUACUUUUGCGCUCUGCAGGAGCUGCAGAAGCUCAAAAACCCCAAGGCCGUCAGCAUCUUCGCCGAGGAGCUGCUCAACCUGCACCGGGGGCAGGGCAUGGACCUGUUUUGGCGCGACACGCUGACGUGCCCGACCGAGGACGACUACCUCGAGAUGGUGGGCAACAAGACGGGCGGGCUCUUCCGGCUGGGCAUCAAGCUGAUGCAGGCCGAGUCGCGCAGCCUGGUGGACUGCGUGCCGCUCGUCAACGUCAUUGGGCUCAUCUACCAGAUCGCCGACGACUACAAGAACCUGUUUAGCGCCCAGUACACGGCCAACAAGGGCAUGUGCGAGGACCUGACCGAGGGCAAGUUCAGCUUCCCCGUCAUCCACAGCAUCCGCUCCAACCCGUCCAACAUGCAGCUGCUCAACAUACUCCGCCAAAAGACGAGCGACGAGGAGGUCAAGCGCUACGCCGUCGCCUACAUGGAGAGCACGGGCAGCUUCGACUACACGCGCCGCGUGCUGGCCGUCGCCCAGGUUGCGGAAGAAAUCGCGCGAUAG